GAAAACCUACCAGAUGCUGCUGCGGAGGAUUCCGAAGAAGACCUACCAGAUGCUGCUGUGCAGGUUCCCCAAGAGAACCCCCCACCCGCUGUUGCGCAGGCUCACCAUCUUCAGCCUUCCUAUGAGUAUGACUCGGACAUUGAGUUCAACGUCGUCGAUGGCCAGGUUCAGCUUGGGGGUGGCAUCACCUUGCCUGCAGAAAAGUAUAAAUGGCUCAUGGGAUCCAGCAGCGACUCCGAGUUUUGUAAAGACGGCUUGCGAACCUUUUGGGGAAAAAAUGAACUGGUCGGCCGCAGUAUGACAGGCAUUGCCUGCCGCCGAGUCCAGGGAGCAGCCCCCAAAAAAGCUCUAACUCCCAGAAAACUUCAAGCUUUAAACCGUCUCCACCGACGAUUCGUCAGGACACGACCGAACCGGGACUCCAGGAAGGACCGGCUCAAGCGCGGGAGGAAAUACAUACGCCAGCUUCUUGCUGACAAGAACAGAAAAUAGAUAGAUGUUUCCGCAGUCAGAAGCCAGCAGGCGGCAGUUUUUCCUCGUUCAAAGUUUCCGCAGCCAGAAGCCAGCAGGCGGCAGUUUUUCCUCGUUCAGAGUUUCCGCAGCCAGAAGCCAGCAGGCGGCAGUUUUUCCUCGUUCAAAGUUUCCGCAGCCAGAAGCCAGCAGGCGGCAGUUUUUCCUCGUUCAAAGUUUCCGCAGCCAGAAGCCAGCAGGCGGCAGUUUUUCCUCGUUCAAAGUUUCCGCAGCCAGAAGCCAGCAGGCGGCAGUUUUUCCUCGUUCAGAGUUUCCGCAGCCAGAAGCCAGCAGGCGGCAGUUUUUCCUCGUUCAAAGUUUCCGCAGCCAGAAGCCAGCAGGCGGCAGUUUUUCCUCGUUCAAAGUUUCCGUGGCCAGAAGCCGGCAGGCGGCAGUUCGUUCUCGUUCAAAUUAAAUGCCGGAUCCUCCAGUUAGGGGAUAUGUUAAAUAUAUUUGGUUUGGAUA